AUUCUUUUCUCUUUCUCAAAUGCCACCCAACCCCCAGCCUACCUCCUUAUCAUCUUAUGUCUGAGGACUUCAUCGUAUCUGCAAUCCUCAGAAAACCCUAAAACAGAAGGAACACUCUAGGGUUUCACGCCAACGUUACCCGUACGCAUUGGAUCGCAACUCCGGCAAGCAGCCCCUUUGCUGAAAGCUGCUCGCGAAUGGACUUCGACGAAUAUGAUUAUCUGGAGAAGGCCGUGGAAGAGAUUAACGCACCAUCAUCGAAGAGCAAGGACAAGGACAGAGAAAACAUCUCCGAGAAGGAGAAGAGUGAGAAGAGCUACCGAAGGAGGGAAAGGGACGAGAGCGACGAUAUAGUCGACGAGAGAGAAAGAGAUCGAAAGAGCAGUAGAAGAUCUCGUGGCGCGGAUGUGGAGAACGGCAGGGAGAAGGAAAGGGACAGGGACAGGGACAGAGAUAGGGAGAGGUCGUCCCGUCAUAGGAGUCGUGAGCGGGAGCUGGACAGAGACAAAGAGAGAAGCUCAAGAGAUAGGGAGAAGAGAGAGAAAGACAGAGACAAGGAUAGGGAGAGAAGAGAUAAGGACAAGGAUAAAGAGAGGGAUAGAAGGGAUCGGGAUAAGGAGAAGGAUAGAGAGAGGGAGAGGAGGAGUCGCAGCCGCUCGAGGCAUGACCGUGAAAAAGAGAGGGAAUUGAUCAGAGAACGUGAGCGCGAGUUUGAAGCUAGAGAUAACAGGCGAUUUAAAGAAAAGAAGGAGACGACCGAGCCAGAGGCUGAUCCAGAGAGAGAUCAAAGGACUGUGUUCGCUUACCAGAUGCCCCUGAAAGCAACUGAAAGGGAUGUCUAUGAGUUUUUCUCACAAGCUGGAAAGGUUAGCGGGAAUGAUUUUGUCCUUUUCAAUCCAUAAGCAAUGCAUAUAGGAUUGUAUUCCCAGUACAUUCAUUCUCUAGUAAUUGCUGACAUUGGAUAUGGUAU